AUGGCUGAGGAGUGGGGAGUCGACGAGGCACUAUAUCUCUGGGAACUAGCAAGAGACGAAUGUUGGAAGGUGCCUGGCUGUCAAUAUUUGGAAUACCCCGCUUCGAAAGAGGUGAAAUUGACAUCACGAUCGCCGGCUAUUGAGACUGUCUCGGAGCCUACACCCCAGGAAGAAGAAGAUUCUGAUGGUAGUUGGGAGAAGGUCAAGCGCAGGUGGAAGAGGAGGUCUCAACAGAUCUCAUUUUCAGACGACAACGAACCGCUGGAUGUCGAUCAGAUGAAUCUAAAAGAGAUGGAAGGAGUCAACAAUAGGCUAGCAAAUGCAAGGUCGACACCCAGGAACCGCUUCGACACGAUCGUCAAAAGCAGUAGAAGCGCCACCACAAUAGCUGUCGCACAAGCCGUGAACAGGUCUAAAUGCUUACUCAAAGGGGACACAAAACAAGUAAGGAUAUCUCCCUCGCUGCGUCUAGUCAACUUGGCGGCUGAUUCUCUACAACAGUCCGCUUCUCCCCCUCGCAAAUCGGUCAGUAUCGACGCGCAAGCCACUAUCCUCCCUUGCGAUUACACCCCAGCUACGACGAUGUCACAUCACGAGCACACAGUCAUAGAGCGGAGCCGCAACCGCCCCACUUACAGUCGAAGCUCCCGUUUCUACACGCCCUCAUGUUGGGCGAGUCCCGAGGGCUACGAGAAAGAUGACACCAGUCUUUCCAAGAGCUCUUGGGCGACUGUUGACCAGCUCCAGAGGGAGUUUGCGGGUUUGGAGGCAGACUCUGAGAAGAAAGAAGAGGUGCUUACUGAAAGAGCUGAGGAAGCUGCCGCCGAGCAUGACAAGAAAGCUAACUUGAGGAAAGUAAAAGACAAGGCCUUUCGCGCACGGCGACCGCCAUGGCAAGGAGAGAGGCUCUUUCAUGAUAGCUGGCAGGGCGCUGAGCUUCUUCACAUGAGAGACUACUUCAAGAAGGCACUCGCAGAGGAUGCCAAUCUGUCAUCGCUGAGUCAAUCGCACCGCAAGGCAUUGACGAGGGGUCUGCAUGACUGCGGUAGUGCUUUGAUGCGGGAGGAGAAGCAGAAGGAGAAGAAAUGGGUGGAUGCGGAGAGUGAACGAUAG